UUGUCACGAGUACGCCACUUCAGCCAGAAACUUCCGAGCAAACCCCUGAGACGGCAACAAAAGUCACAGAGCAUGUUUCCCAUGCUUCAAAGGCCCAUACGAGCACGCAAACAACAGGUGCAUCGCACCCAUCUGUGUCGCACGAAUCGGUUAGCACACCUAAAGAAAGCCUGGCAACGGAAGAGCAUGCUAUGCUGCCAUCGUCCGAAAGUCCUUCAGUUAUGGAGGCAACUACGGCGCACCUGCCCGAAGGCUCAGAGGAAACCAUUGCAACGUCAGCAUCAGUUGAAAAGAAUGUUACAAAUGCUUCGAUAGCAUAUGCAAGUACGCAUGCUGAAAGCACAACACACCCACCUCGGUCACGGCAAACGGCCCAUCCGCCAAGCACACAAGAACGAAGCCGGUCGACGGAAAAGCCUUUUGCACCUACAGGUUCCUCACAAAGUCACCCAGUAACACAGCCUGCAUCACCUGAAAUCCCUUCUGUGACGACUGCACACCUUCGCUCAACAACUUCUGAGCAAACCUUUGCGCCGGCAACAAAACCCACCGAACAAGGUCCACACGUCCCACAAGGUCUAGCUAGUACGCAGGCUGAAAGCACAACGCACCCACCUGUGUCUCAACGAUCAGCUGGAACGGCUAGCAUUAAAGAAGAGCAGGUGACAGAGGGUUAUUCUAUCCCACCUUCAUCAGAAAGCCCUUAUGUAGAGGAAUCUACAACAGCAUUCCAUUCUGAAACUUCACGGCAAACAACGUCCCUUGCAGCAGAAGCAACAGAACACGUGUUGAAUGCUUCACAAACUUACACAAGCAGGCGCGCAGAAGACACUACGCACCUACCUCCACCACAGCAAACAACUCACGUGGCCAUUACACACGAACAGAGUCUGGCAACCGAGAAACAAUCCGUACCUGCUUCAUCUCAAUCUCCCUCCGGUAUUGAGACAACUACAGUGACUCACACUGAAAGAUCGGAAGAAACCACAUCACCACCAAUACAAGCUACGGAACGUGCUUUGGGUGCCUCAACGGCUCAUUCAAGUACACGUUCCGAAAGCACAGCACACCCCUCACGGCCAGCAGCUCACACAGACAGUACACAAGAGCAAAGUCCAGCAACAGAAGGCCCGUUGUUACGUACCAGCCUCGCUCACACUCUUUCAUCGUCCCAGCGUGCAUCAUCUGGAAGCCCCUCUGGUAUUAACCUUGUCACGAGUACGCCACUUCAGCCAGAAACUCCCGAGCAAACCCCUGAGACGGCAACAAAAGUCACAGAGCAUGUUUCCCAUGCUUCAAAGGCCCAUACGAGCACGCAAACAGCAGGUGCAUCGCACCCAUCUGUGUCGCACGAAUCGGUUAGCACACCUAAAGAAAGCUUGGCAACGGAAGAGCAUGCUAUGCUGCCAUCGUCCGAAAGUCCUUCAGUUAUGGAGGCAACUACGGCGCACCUGCCCGAAGGCUCAGAGGAAACCAUUGCAACGUCAGCAUCAGUUGAAAAGAAUGUUACAAAUGCUUCAAUAGCAUAUGCAAGUACGCAUGCUGAAAGCACAACACACCCACCUCGGUCACGGCAAACGGCUCAUCAGCCAAGCACACAAGAACGAAGCCGUUCGACGGAAAAGCCUUUUGCACCUACAGGUUCCUCACAAAGUCACCCAGUAACACAGCCUGCAUCACCUGAAAUCCCUUCUGUGACGACUGCCCACCUCCGCUCAACAACUUCUGAGCAAACCUUUGCGCCGGCAACAAAACCCACCGAACAAGGUCCACACGUCCCACAAGGUCUAGCUAGCACGCAGGCUGAAAGCACAAUGCACCCACCUGUGUCUCAACGAUCAGCUGGAACGGCUAGCAUUAAAGAAGAGCAGGUGACAGAGGGUUAUUCUAUCCCACCUUCAUCAGAAAGCCCUUAUGUAGAGGAAUCUGCAACAGCAUUCCAUUCUGAAACUUCACGGCAAACAACAUCCCUUGCAGGAGAAGCAACAGAACACGUGUUGAAUGCUUCACAAACCUACGCAAGCAGACGAGCAGAAGACACUACGCGCCUACCUCCACCACAGCAAACAACUCACGUGGUCAUUACACACGAACAGAGUCUGGCAACCGAGAAACAAUCCGCACCUGCUUCAUCUCAAUCUCCCUCCGGUAUUGAGACAACUACGGUGACCCACACCGAAAGAUCGGAAGAAACCACAUCACCACUAAUACAAGCUACGGAACGUGCUUUGGGUGGCUCAACGGCUCAUUCAAGUACACGUGCCGAAAGCACAGCACACCCGUCACGGCAAGCAGCUCACACAGCCAGCACACAAGAACAAAGCCCAGCAACGGAAGGCCCUUUGUUACGUACGAGCCUCGCUCACGCUCUGCCAUCGUCCCAGCAUACAUCAUCUGGAAGCCCCUCUGGUAUUAAGCAUUUGACUAGUACAUCACUUCAACCAGAAGCUUCCGAACAAGCGAAUGUGACGGUCACAGAAGCAACAAAGCAUGCUUCAAAGGCCCAUACGAGCACGGCAACAGCAGGUACAUCGCACCCAUCUCUGUCGCACCAAUCGGUUAGCACGCUUAAAGAGAGCCUGGCAACGGAUGAGCAUGCUAUGCUGUCAUCGUCCGAAAGUCAUUCAGUUAUGAAAGCCACUACGGCGCACCUGCCCAAAGGAUCCGAAGAAACCAUUGCGACGUCAACAUCAGUUGAAAAGGAUGUUACAGAUGCUUCAAUAGCAUAUGCAAGUACGCGUACUGAAAGCACGUCACACCCACCUCGGUCACGGCAAACGGCUCAUCCGUCGAGUAGACAUGAACAAAGCCUGUCGACGGAAGAACAUUUUGCACCUGCAGGUUCUUCGCAAAGUCACCCAGUAGUCACCCAGCCUGCAUCGCCUGAAAUCUCUUUCGUGACGACUGCACACCUUCGUUCAACAACUUCUGAGCAAACCUUUACGCCGGCAACAAAACCCACAGAACAAGGCCCACAUGUCCCACAAGGUCUAACUGGCACGCAUGCUGAAAGCACAACGCACCCACCUGUGUCUCAACGAUCAGCUGGAACGGCCAGUAUUAGAGAAGAGCAGGCAACAGUGGGUUUUUCCAUACCACCUUCAUCGGUAAGUCCCUAUGUAGAAGAAGCUGUAACAACAUCCCGUACUGAAAGUCCACAGGAAACAACAUCCUUUACAGCAGAAACGAGAGAACAUGCUUUAAACGCUUCACGAACUCAUACAAGCAGGCAUGCAGAAGACAUUACACGCCCACCUUCGUCACGGCAAACAACUCACGUGACCACCAUACAAGAACAAAGUCUGGCAACCGAGGAACAAUCCGUACCUGCUUCAUCUCAACGUCCUUCUGGUGUUGAGACAACUUUAGUUACCCACACCGAAGAACCAGAAGAAACCGCAUCACCGCCAACCCAGGGUACGGAACGUGCUUUGAAUGCUUCAGCAAUUCAUGCAAGGACUCAUAGCACAGCACACCCAACUGGGUCAAGAGAAACAGCUCACACAGACAGCACACAUGACCAAAGACCAGCAACGGAAGGUGAAUCAUUACCGACGAGCUUCGCACAUGCUCAUCUAUCGUCUCAGCAUGCAUCACCUGGAAGUCCUCCUGGUAUUACGCAUUUGACGAGUUCAUCACUUCAACCGGAAAUUUCCCAACAAAAGACUACGACGGUAACAGAAGCCACAGAGCAUGCUUCUUAUCAUUCAAAAUCAUAUACGAGCACGCAUGCUGCAGGCCCUACACGCCCACUGGUGUCACAACAGUCUCCCGGCACGGUUAGUAUGCCUGAAGAACGCUUGACGUCUACAAAGCAUCCCAUGCCGACAUCGCUUGAGAGUUCCUCUUUUACUGAAACUGCUACAGUACCCCAUUCCAAAAGUUCAGAGCAAACCUCUGCACCAUCAACAACGGCUCCUGAUCGGGCUUACAAUGCUUCAACGGCUUACACUGCAAGCCAUCUUCAAAGUACAGCACAUUCCCCUGCGUCAAGGCGAACAGUUCACCUGACCAGUGCAAAAGAACAAACCCUGUCAACGGGAAAAUAUUCUGCUCCCACUUUAUCGGAAACAUCUUUUGACAUUGAAACAACUAUAGUGCUUCGUCCAAGAAGUUCACAUGAAAUGACUGCAUCAUCAACAGGAACCAGACCCGUUACCAUUACUUCAACAACUCAAUUCAGCACGCACACAGAAAGCACGACACAAAAAUCUGCUUCACGACAACCAACUUACGUUCCCAGCACAAAACAACCAAGUCUGGUUACGGAGGAACACCUUGUGCCCACCAGCUUCUCCCAUACUCACCCGACAACACAACUUGCAUCAUCUGAAAUUCCCGCCAGCAUUGAGAACAUGACGACUAAAGCAGUUCAUCCUGCAAGCUCAGAACAAAUCACUGCGGCAGCAACGGAAACUACAGAUCACGCCUCUCACGUUUCAGAAGGACAUACCGGUACACGUGCAGAAAGCACUACACAACUACCUGUGUCAAGACAAUCAGCUAGAACGGCUGGCACGCGUCAAACUGUUGUGCAUGCAACAGUAGCUGUGGAUCACGCUUCGAACGCAUCCGUCGCGAGCACGCAGGCUGAAACCACAGUACAUCUGCCUGUAUCGCGGCAAAAGGCUUACAUGGCCAGCACACAGGAAGAAAGUCUAGGACCGGAAGGUCAUUCUGCAUCUACCACCUUCCAGUCCUAUCACCCAGCGACUCAAAGUACGUUAUCUGGAAGCCCUGCUAGUAUUGGGAGUAUAGCGACAGCACCAAUGCAUGCGGCAACCUCGGAACUAACCAAUCCGCCUGCAGAAGAAACAACAAAACCCCUUUCUCAUGCUUCAAGAACUCGCACAAACGCGCAAGGGGAAAUUACAACACAGCAUCAUGUGUCAGAGCAAUCAGCCAGCACGGCUUUCCUUCCAGCCGGAAGCAUCGGAACGAGAGAACAUCACGUACCGCCAUCCUCUGAAAGGCCCAUAAUAACUGAAUCUGUUACAGUAUUCCAUCCCGGAAGCCCACAAGAAAGCACUGUAACAUCAACGGAAGCUGCAGAACUAGCUACAGAUUUUUCCGUGCGUUAUACCAGCACUCAUGUUGAAAGCACAAUACACUCAGCGGCGUCACGGCAAACGGCCCAUGCGACCAGCACUCAAGGGAAAAUCCAACUUGUCUCAGGACAAACAAUUAGUACGGCUGGCAUUCCGGCAGAAAAUAUGACAACAGAAGAAUAUUCCGAGACGCCAACAUCUGAAAGACCUAGUGUGACCGGAGUUGCUACAGAAAUCCAUCCAAAAGGCUCGAAAAGAACCGCUACAGCGUCAACCGAAGCUGCCGAACAAGCCACAAACGCUUCGAUCACUUUUACCAGCACGCUUGCUGAAGGCACAGCAUACCCAGCCGUGUCGCAGCAAGCCGCUCACACCGCCAGCACGCAAGAACAAAGCCUUGCAACGGAAGGUCAUUCUCUGCCUUCAAGCCACCCGCAUACUUACCAAGCCACCCAGCACGCAUCAUCUGAAAGCUCAGGUGGUAUUGGAAGUGCGACGGCUGCAACACUUCAUGCAAAAACUUCUGAACAAACCGUUCCGCCAACAGCGGGAACUACGGAACGUGCUUCUCACGCUUCAGAAACUAGCACAGGCGCACAAGCAAAAAGCACAACACAGCAUCUCGUGUUACGGCCAUCAGCUAGCACGGUUAGCAUUCCCGAAGCAAGCGUGGGAACAGAAGAACAUUCUGUACCGCCAUCAUCUGAGCGACCUCCUGUUACAGCAGCCGUUACGGAAGUGCACCCCAAAAGCUCGAAAGAACCCAUUGUGACGUCAGCAGAAAUUGCAGAGCCAUCUCAAACGGCUUCAACAGCUCAUGCGAGUAAGCUCACUGAAAGCACAGCACAUCAAGCCACAUCACGGCAAACGGCUCACACUACCAGCACACAAGGACAAGUUCAGGAAACUGAAGGCCCUUAUUUAGGUUCCAGCUUCCCACAGACUUGGCAAGAGACCCAGCGCACGUCAUCUGAAAGCCCUGCUGGUGUUCGGAAUACGACAGUUGCAAUAAUUCAUGCAGCAACUUCGGAGCAGCCCAUGGUGUCAUCCAUGGAAAUCACAGACCUUCCCUCUCAUACUUCAACAAAUCGUACAAGCGCACGAGCCGAGAGCACAACCCAGCAGCCUGUGUCAGGGCAAUCGGCUACCACGGCAAGCAUGCCUGAAGAAAGCAUGGAAACGGAAGAAUAUUCGAUAACGACGUCAUCUGAAAGGCCCGCUGUUACUGAAGCCGUGACAGCAAUUCAUCCCAAAAGUUCGGUAGGAACCCCUGACACAUCAAAAGAAGCUGCAGAGAAAGUUGCGAAUGCUUCAACAUCAAGCGCACGCACGCAUGCCAAAACCACAACACAUCCAGCCACCUCGCGGCAAACGAUUCACAUGCACAGCACACAAGAACAAAGCCUGGCAACGGAAGGUCCUUCAGUAACCACUAGUUUCAUGGGCGCUCAUUCAGGGACCCAACGCGCGUCAACUGGAAGCCAGUUUGUUGUUGACAACGAGACAGCUACGGUACUGCAUCCCGCAAGUUCCUCAAAAGCCUCUGAGGAGGGAACGGAAACCCCGAGACAUGUUUUCCCUGCUUCGAAAACACAUGUUACCACGCAUCAGGAGAGCACAUCCCACCCAGCUGUGCCAGAACAAACCAUUACCACGCCUGGCACACCCAGGGAACAUCUGGUGACAAAAGAACAACCUGCACCGCCGUCAUCCGCACGUCCUUUGGCCACCGAAACUACUUCAGCACUUCAAUGGGAAAGUUCCGAAAGAACCAUCACAACAACAACAGAGGCUACCAAAUGUGCUUCACAUAUUGCGGUGGCUUAUGCAAGCACGCGUCCUGAAAGUAAAACGCACGCUCCAGUGUCACGACAAACGGCUCAGGCGGCCAGCACACAGGAAACAAGCUCAGCAACGGAAAGUCACCUAGUUCAUCCAAGCUUGCCGGAUACUCACCCAAAGACACAUCCUGAUUAUGGGCAGACAAAAUCUGAGAGCACCCAGGGUUUCGAAGAAGUAAGUUCGACGCAAGGUACUGAGAGGUCGACUUCGUCCACUGAACAUCCAGCGUGCAAAUGGGACAACAUCACGUCUAGCAGACCCGGAACCAUUAUCCGGGACCCUAGUCGCUGUCUGCAUGUGGAAUGUGUGCAAACUAUACACGGAAGCUUUGUUGACGUCACCAUCGUGCACGAAGCAAGAGGAUGUUGCGAAAUGAAUGGCAACACCAUGGUCCCAACGGGCUUUGUGAGGUUUACACCUCUCGGCAAAAAGAAGCGUUGCUUCUUUGGACGCUGGCACACACAAUACUUCGAUCCAGCGUUGAGUAAAGAAGAUGGAUUUAUACUACGCCCAUCCCAAAUCUCCCUACAUCAUCGAAUCUAGCCUCGAAGAUAUUGAGAUAACUAGCGUACCGAUAUGCGAAGUGGGCGGUCGCCGAGAAACUGUGGAGGACUACUUUAAUCACCUAGUGAGCAUUGGUACAAUGUCCGAACAAGGAUUACCGAAAGAAGCAAUCGCCAGUGGAACAAAAUAUCGCCAGGGCAACGAAGCGCUUACUAAAAUGCACGAAUGGCGGCUGCCACCAGUGCCCCGCAAGUACAAGGCAGGCCAUUCCAACAUUGGUGCCGAAUUGACUCAUUGGGGCAAAGUGCAUGAGGAUAUGCAACAAGCCAUUAGAAACAACAAACGUUUCCAUGACCCGCUGCCCAUAUAUAAGGAGAAUCAUUUCAAUUAUAAAUGAGUAAAUAGUCUACAUGUAGCACAACAACGCCCUUAUUUAGCAAUAAUUUAGAGGUGUCAUCUUCAGAAGUUGAGAGAAAGUAAUAAUUUGCCUUUCAGCGUAAUUAGGAAAAAUGCUUGUUUCACAGUCAAUAAAAGUCUAAAUGAAAC